UAAAAAGAAAAUUUAAGGGCCAACCAUUAGUAACGAUUAUUGCUGAGUCUGUGUGUGUCUCUCUCUCCCCGAAGCCAUGGCCUUUACAGUACCUCAUCAAACCUUACAAACCACCGGCCUAGGACCAACGACUACUCCACCGUAUCUUCUCGGCCCUAAGUCCCAUGUUCGUCCCUCCACUGCUACCAUCUACCACUCGUCGAAAGCAACAAGCCCCAACGGUGUUAGUGUUAGUAGUAGAAGAUCGCUUCGUGUCGUUGCGACGGCCUCCACUUCGGAAUUUGUCCCAAAUACUGGUGAUGUCCUCGGUGAUGUUACCAUUUUCAACGCUGCCGGUGACCCCGUCUUGUUUAAGCACCUCUGGGAUCAGGAUAACGGAAUAGCUGUUAUUGCACUUUUGAGGCACUUUGGAUGCCUUUGCUGUUGGGAACUUGCUUCUGCUUUGAAAGAAUCCAAACCGAGAUUUGAUGCAGCGGGUGUGAAAUUAGUUGCAGUUGGUGUUGGCACUCCUAAUAAAGCUCGGAUUCUCGCUGACCGGUUACCAUUUCCAGUGGAUUGCCUGUAUGCUGAUCCUGACCGUAAGGCAUAUGACGUUUUGGGUUUAUACUAUGGUUUGGGCCGUACAUUUUUCAAUCCUGCCAGUGCCAAGGUGUUUUCAAGAUUUGAGGCUCUGCAAAACGCUUUGAAGAACUAUACCAUUGAAGCCACCCCAGAUGAUAGAAGUAGUGUACUGCAACAGGGAGGGAUGUUUGUCUUUAAAGGGAAAGAAUUGUUGUAUGCGCGGAAAGAUGAAGGGACAGGCGAUCAUGCCCCUUUAGAUGAUAUUUUUGAUGUCUGCUGCAGGGUUCCAGUUGCAUGAAGAUUUACAAUGGAUCACUCUUUCAGAUACUGUGUAAAUUUUUGCUUCAUGUCUGAUCUGAUGAAGCAUAUUUUGAAAUGCCGGUGACAAGUUUUUAGCCAGCUAUAUCUAGAUAAUCGAAUAAUUUCUGCCUGGUAGAAUCUUGACAGCAAUUAUGUUGUAGUAUCGCCUAUAUAUAUGCACACCUGUAUAGCUGGUUAAAUGCAUGUAGUCUUUUGUGA